GACCAAUAGUUUGUUCCCACUUCUGAGAAUAUAAAAGGGAGAUUGUGGAGAGGGAAACGGAGGCUCGCUGACAACUUCAGUACGAAGAGUGCUACUACAUACACCAUAACGUAAAAAAGGAGGAGGAGAAGGAGGGGGAAAAUCGUCGAAGGACUUUUUGGAGCGCUUUUGUCUUCCGACUCAUUUUGUUCGUGAUUCCAUUCUUGAUUUGAGAGUGAGUGAGUGGAUGAGUCAAGUUUUUGGCUUGUCAUUCACGACAGGGUCUUUCAAUUGAGGCCAAAGUCAUGUAAAAUCGAUCCGGGAAUCACCAGUUUUUUAACAGCAAGACAGACGACCCUCUUUGUUGUCCAUUAAGUCCAACUCUAACUGGACGAACGAACGGACGGUGCGUGCUUCUUGGGCUCCUGCUUGGGAUUAAAUUUUCUUGAUCGGGAUUUUUAAAAAAGUAUCUGAUCAUCACAACAAUCAGAAAGACCACGACUCAGUUGCUGUGAGCAUUGCUUCAAGAUUUUGGGAGUGUAGUGACUUUUUUUUUCUGGGUGAGAAUUUUUAAUCAGGUCAGAAGUUUAGCGUGCCGUUCCGGAUCAACUGAAAGACACCUUGGAUGGCAAAGUUCCUGGAAGAUUUGUUUUUAGAUUAGAAAAAAAGACGAUCCUUGGAACAAUGGGUUCAUACCGAGCCAGUGGAGUGUUCAUAAGUCUCCUCUACUUUGGGGCUUUUAUUAAAUCCGGGUUUGGUAUUCAUUGCUAUGUGGACAACACUGUAGAUGGGGUUCCCGCCCAAGUGAUUGAUUGUAGCUCCUUGGGGAUCCAACGCGAGGAACUUUAUUGCCGGAACACAACCACAGACAAAGGAGAGAUCCAUCGGAGCUGUGUGGCCAUGUCAUGGUACGACUCGAAUUGGGAACAACUAGGAUGUCACUUCGAGCACGGGAUCAAACGGUGUACUUGCUCGACGGACUUGUGCAACGCCCCCUUUGCUUCGACGGCCGCCUUCUCCAAGUCCCCUUCGGUGCUUUGCAUGGGCCAAGGCGCCGGGAUAUCAAUCCUGAUGAUCGCACUCCAAUGGAUUCAACCUGGUGGGAUGUCGUCGUCAGUAAUAACAUGAAUAGCCUUCAUUUGGACCAAAAUUCGGUUUAUUUUCGUCAAAAAUCGAACACUUUCUGCCUUUUUUAAUUCAAGUAGUAUUAAAUAUAACGUGUGGAAAGAAAAAGGGAUUUUGUGAUCAUUCUUCUUGGCGUGGAUGUAAUUGAAAAAUAGUGAAAAUGUGGGGAGAGGGCUCAGGCCGUCGGGUGGUGGUUGUGGGUGGACGUGGGCCGGUUUGUUAUAAAGUUUUUUCAAGUAUUGGUAUUUAAAAUAAGAUUCAUUAGCGCAUCUCGAAUAAUCUAGAAGAGGGGGAAACGUGUUUGAGAAAGUGGAGAAGGAGGACGAGAAGGGUAAACAUGGGCAGAAAAAGAUACUUAUUACUCCCGCCUCUUCGUUCCAUAUGGAGUAAGGCACAAGAGGUGUUUUUUUUUAAAGUGGUUUAAAACACGCUUGAAGGAUGCUGAACUACUAAAAAAAAAUGUCCUGGCCUACACGGGAUCAUACGGAGGGAUAUGGGUUCGGGUUUCGAGAAGUUUCUUAAUCAGUUUUAGUAGAAAGUUUGUAGCUCGUCAAGGUGUGAAGACUGAUGAAAACAAUGGGCAGUCUACAGGAACAAUAUCAUGACAUUAUAAACAACCCUACUUUGGACAAUAAAGAGAAUAGGGCGGAAAAAGAGGGCGAGGCGGCCGUGAUGGGGACCCAAAAAUGGUAUUUGACGCCCAUCAUUGGCAUCAGCGUUUAGGGUAACAUGAGCAACUUCAGAUGGUUAAGAAACAAAUGCGCGUUUUGCACGUGAUUCAAUUCAACCGGUUCCUCCAAUCAGGGUUGGUUCUCAUUUCUUCACAACGGGCAAAAAGCCCAAGUCGCAAAUCUUCUCAAAUAUUAUAAAUCUGGUGUCUUUGUUUGAGACGUCAAGGUCCGUCUCGUUAUCAAGGGAUUUUGCUUUUUUUUCUUUUGUUUUCGGAUUCGCUUACUGAUCUUCAACUGAAUUAGUUUCGCAUUGUUUUGAUUGAAUUCCCAGUGCUGAAAUCUGGCAUCGUCGGUAGGAGAGUUUAAGGGGCCAAACCUUGUUGACCA